GGAUUGAACGCUGUCCCUCAGCUCCUCAGCAAACGUCGGCUGGCUUCCCGCCCUUCUUCUCCCUCCCUCUCUCUUUCUCCGAUGAUGUCGACGACGACGACGACGAAGCCCUCUCCCUCCGCCUCCUCCUCCUCUCUUUCCCUCUCCGCCAUCACUCUCGUCUCUCCAUUUCUCUCUCUUCUCCUUCCCUCAUUCCUUCCCGAGAGUGAACCCACUCUCUCUCCGCCGUCGCCGCCAUGGACAACCGCCGGAUGGAGGACGAGGACAGGGACGCCCUCGCUUCCCUCAGCUCCACCCCCCCCGCCCGCAAGAUCCACUCCUACAGCCAGCAGCUUCGCGCCUCCUCCGCCACCUCUCACCACCGCCGCUCCCAGAUCCGCAAGCACUCCCUCGACGAGGAACGCAUCCCCAAGAACCUCGGCCAGUUCUGCGAGUCCUCCGAUGACGACACCGAGGACUUCUUCCCUUACUCAUCCACCACCGCCUCCGCCGCCCCCGACGACGACUCCGUCGACCUCACCUACCUCUCCGCCUCCCGCCGCAUCUCCGACCCCGGAGAUGACCCCCCUCCCCUCCCCGAGUUCGUCGGCAGCGGCGGUGGCUCCGGCAUCUUCCGCGUCCCCAUCAGAGCUGCCGUCCACCCUGGCCGCCCUCCCUGCCACGAACUGCGGCCCCACCCCCUGAAGGAGACUCAGGUUGGGAAAUUCCUCCGGAACAUCGCCUGUACGGACACCCAGCUGUGGGCCGGGCAGGAGAGCGGGGUCCGCUUCUGGAACUUUGACAGCGCCUUCGAGGCCGGGUGGGGGCUGGGUGGUCGGGUCCGGAGAGGGGACGAGGACGCUGCCCCUUUCCACGAGUCCGUCACGACCUCCCCUACCUUGUGCCUGAUCGUGGACAGCGCGAAUCGGCUCGUGUGGAGUGGCCACAAGGAUGGGAGGAUUCGGUCUUGGAAGAUGGAUCAGCCCGUGGACGACGACACCCAUUUCAAGGAAGGCCUUUCUUGGCAGGCCCACCGCGGUCCUGUUCAUACCAUGGUUAUGACUUCCUAUGGUGACCUUUGGUCUGGCGGUGAAGGUGGCGUAAUUAAGAUCUGGCCGUGGGAAACCAUUGAGAAAUCUCUGUCUCUGUCAUCGGAAGAAAAGCACAUGGCUGCUCUACUCGUGGAGAGAUCUUUCAUCGACCUUAAGAGCCAAGUCACCGUUAAUGGUACUUGCAGCAUAUCUUCUUCAGAUAUUAAGAUCUUGUUGUCAGAUAAUGUUAGAGGCAAAGUUUGGGCCGCUCAGCCUCUCUCAUUCUCUCUAUGGAGUGGUCGCACAAGGGAACUCUUGAAAGUGUUCAAUAUAGAGGGUCAGAUUGAGAAUCGGGCUGACAUCUCACCUUCCCCAGAUCAAUCAGUAGAAGACGAAAUGAAGGUCAAAUUCAUGGCCACAUCGAAGAAGGAGAAGCCUCAGGGUCUCCUGCAGAGGUCGCGGAAUGCUAUAAUGGGAGCUGCCGAUGCUGUCCGUCGAGUAGCAACCAAAGGUGCUGGUGCGUUUGUGGAAGAUAAUAAGAAGACAGAAGCAUUAGUUCUUGUAGCAGACGGAAUGAUAUGGAGCGGAUGCUCGAAUGGGCUGCUUAUUCAGUGGGAUGGGAAUGGGAAUCGCCUGCAAGACUUCCAUCACGUCUCUUGUGCCGUUCUCUGCUUCUGUAUGUUUGGAACACAAAUAUAUGUGGGCUACAUCAGUGGACUGGUCCAGAUAUUGGAUCUCGAGGGGAAUGUACUUGCUGGGUGGAUAGCCCACAGCAGCCCCGUGAUAAAAUUGGCUGUCGGCGGUGGGAAUCAUAUUUACAGUUUGGCAACUCAUGGUGGAAUACGAGGCUGGAGUGUUGCUUCUCCAGGACCCAUCGAUAACGUUAUACGCACGGAGUUGGCCACGAAGGAAGUAAUAUACACGAGGUGGGACAAUGUCAAGAUAUUGAUUGGGACAUGGAACGUUGGUCAAGGAAGAGCCUCUCAGGAAGCACUUAUGUCGUGGUUGGGUUCUGUAUCCUCAGAUGUUGGGAUUGUUGUUGUUGGGUGCCAAGAAGUGGAGAUGGGAGCUGGUUUUCUCGCAAUGUCAGCUGCAAAAGAAUCUGUAGGACUUGAAGGGAGUGCUAUUGGGCAUUGGUGGCUUGACACAAUCGGGAAGAGUUUGGAUGAAGGGAACACUUUUGAGCGGAUGGGGUCUAGGCAACUCGCCGGUUUGCUCAUAGCUCUCUGGGUAAGAAAGAGCCUCAGAACGCAUGUCGGGGAUGUCGAUGUCGCAGCAGUUCCCUGUGGUUUUGGCCGUGCUAUUGGAAAUAAGGGAGGCGUAGGAUUAAGAAUUCGUGUAUAUGAUCGGAUAAUGUGCUUUGUGAACUGUCACUUGGCUGCACAUCUGGAGGCAGUCAAUCGUCGGAAUGCGGAUUUUGAUCACGUCUAUCGGACAAUGGCCUUCAGCCGGUCCUAUAAUGUUCUUAACUCUGCUGCUGGUAUGCUGCCAUACCUGAUUUUGUCUUGCUAUCUUGCCUUCUCCAUGUAUUUAUUUUGGCUACUCUAUUCUUCUGGGUUGCCGUUCGUCCUCUCUGUUGCAGCUGGAGUUUCUAGCUCUGCUCAGAUGCCUCGAAAUUCAAAUAAUGCAAAUAACAACACUGAAGAAGGGAGGCCUGAUCUAUCAGAAGCAGAUAUGGUUGUGUUUCUUGGUGACUUCAAUUAUCGGCUCUUUGGAAUAUCUUAUGAUGAAGCAAGGGACUUUGUCUCCCAAAGAAGCUUUGAUUGGCUCAGAGAAAAGGAUCAGCUGAGAGCAGAAAUGAAGGCCGGGAAAGUCUUCCAAGGAAUGAGGGAAGCACUCAUCAGGUUCCCUCCAACUUACAAGUUCGAACGUCACAAGCCGGGUCUAGCAGGAUAUGAUUCUGGGGAGAAGAAGCGAAUUCCUGCGUGGUGUGACAGAAUAUUAUAUCGGGACAACCGGUCAUCCUCAGACUCAGAAUGCAGCUUAGAGUGCCCUGUUGUCGCGUCCAUAAUGCUGUAUGAAGCAUGCAUGGAUGUAACUGAUAGUGAUCACAAGCCUGUACGGUGCAAGUAUAGCGUGAAUAUUGCCCACGUUGAUCGAUCAGUGAGGAGGGAGGAAUUGGGGAAGAUUGUCACAUCGAACGAGAAUAUCAGGUCCAUGCUAGAAGAAAUACGGUACGUUCCAGAGACUAUUGUGAGCACAGACAACAUUUGUCUCAAGAACCAGGACACUCAUAUCCUGAGGAUCACUAACCGAAGCUCCAAGGACACGGCGGUCUUUAAGUUCAUAUGUGAAGGUCAGACCACUGUGAAGGAGGAUGCUCAAUCAUCACCGGAUUAUCACCCGAGAGGUUCAUAUGGCCUCCCAAGAUGGCUCGAGAUCACACCAGCAGCUGGCAUAAUCAAACCUGAGCAAUUUGUGGAUGUCCCGAUACACCAUGAAGAAUUCCACACGCUCGAGGAAUUCGUGGAAGGAAUCCCCCAGAACUGGUGGUCUGAGGACACCAGAGACAAGGAAGUAAUUUUAAGCUUAGUAAUCCAAGGAAGUUGCUCUACCGAAGUGAGGAGUCAUCGGAUCCAUGUCCGCCAUUGCUUCUCAGGAAAGACGGUCCGCAUGGAUUCCAAGUCCAACAGCAUUUCUAAGAAAGGGCAAGGUGGAGGCGGCGGCAGUUCUAAUCAGAGGACCGACCAUAAAUCACUCAACAGUUCCAAUGACGGGAAUAUCGACCAACAGCAUUUCUAAGAAAGGGCAAGGUGGAGGCGGCGGCAGUUCUAGUCAGAGGACCGACCAUAAAUCACUCAACAGUUCCAAUGACGGGAAUAUCGACGACCAUAGGAAUCACCAUAAUUCUUAACGUUGAAGUGGCACAAGAAUGGAGUCCCGCUCUUUCUUUUCCGGGCAAAACGUCAAAGCUUGCUGAUGUAAAUACUGGAGAGCUCCAUCACCAAAAUCCAUUGAUUAUAUUUUUCGAUAGGUAAUUCUUUUGGUCAAUGGUGGCUUCUCCUUUGUUCUUUGGCUCAAAACUUUAGUCACGGCAUGGUCGGAUACUCGGAUUCUGUUGGGCAAAGGCUUUUCUUUUCGAUUAACUAUGCAGUAAGCAAAUUGUAAAGAGUGAUUCAGAAGGAGGUAAGUUUCUUAUUGCAGCUUUAGUGUACAUUAGCUUCUUAAUAUAAGUACAAUAAAUUUCAUUACCAA